CUGCGUAUGCGCAAACGAAUAAGCUACUACGUGCGCGCUUUUUAAACAAACGUUAUGUCGGUACGCGCGUUUUCGUUUUAAAUAAAAUACUCGUUAGAAACGCCAUAUUUUUCUGAAUCUACAGAUAAUAUAAAUGAUUUUAAAUUCUUUUUUUUUCUGACAUGUAUUUUGUUGUGAUCAACAAAAAUGUGUUGUGAUGGUCAAGAAGACAAGAUGCGACGACGUUGGCAUUGGCCAGCGAGCACAAUGAACAGGCCGUUGAAUUGGCACAAAUGGCUAGUGUUGUCCGUGCUCGGAUUGGCUUUGUCCGCUCGUACAAUUGGCUGCGAUUACACACAGAAAUUUGGAGCGGAAGCUGUGGCUCGAUGCAAUGAGAAAUGCCCGUUUCAGAAUCGAACUGGGGAGGGGCACUUCGACGUGAGCUGUGGACCUGAGUGCAACGUUCAACAGUGUAAAAUUGGAUGCAGUCUUUGGCGUGGAGGCUUAGAAAAAUCUUGCCAGAAUGUUUGCAAUGUUACAUCUGAAACAGUAUUCUCUCGAGAGCUUUACUGUGUUAUGGGAUGCAACGAAGCUCUCAACACGUAUUUUCAACAAUUGCGAGAUUUAUAUGGGACUCCUCAUCCACCAGCUUUGGUGGCGGACAGCUUAACCGCUACAUCGUUGUCAUUAGUUUGGGAAUCACGAUGGGAUUCGGAACUUGGAAAUAUAACGUACUUAGUGCAAUGGCGAUACGAAGAAUUGCCGGGAACGUGGCAAUAUUUUUCGAAUACCAGUCAUUCGGAUAAAACUAUAAUAACUGUCGACAAUCUUAGACCGUACACCAAAUAUAGAUUUCGAAUUGCAAUAUUCCUGUCUGGACACGUUGGUGCAGGUGAACCUUUAUACUCUGCUCCGUCAGUAGUGAUAUCUACUUUAGAGAGUGGGAAACCAAGUUCAGCGCCAAAAGCUCUAAGAGCUGCAGCUCCAGACCCAAGCCGAGUGGCAAUUUCGUGGGAGCCGGGACCAUUUCCCAACGGACCACUGAUUUCUUACGUUUUGAGGCUUACUGAUACAGAACCUAGUACGACUGACGCGUUAGAGGACAUGCCAGCAUCGAACAACACUCUCUUCUACAUGUUCCAGAACUUGGCUCCAGCUCGUGAAUACGAGGUUUCGGUAGCUAUGAGGAACGCUGUCGGCGAAGGUCCAAGAGCUUUUGUUAGAAUUUCUACCCCACCUCUUCCAACGUCUGUUCCCAGUCAACAACUUAUUUUGAUUCUUGGUGGCGAGCAUAAUAUACUAGCAGCUCCCGCCAACGAUAUGCUAUCUGACCCCGUAGAGUUGUACAGUACAGAACAUGUUAUCACAGGUGUUGGAAUCGAUAUCUCUAGCGACUCCUUAUUUGUAUCAGUAUCGGACGGUUUUGUUUACAAAGGCUCUUUAUCUAAAAAAAGUAUUCCAGAGCCUAUUCUUUUUUCAAAAAAUAUUGUAAUGAAACCUUUAGAUUUAUCGGUGGACUGGUUGAAUCGUCAUCUGUACGUACUUGGAGAAUCGUUGUAUACUAAAGAGGAGUCUUCGAAUGUUAGCUCACUGACCACUUGGGAAAUAAUACGUUGUGACUUCGACGGAAGCAAUCCGGUUGUGGCCUUGACCGGAUUUAAUUCACGACCAAUACAUUUUGAAGUCGAUGCCUAUAACGGGUAUUUGUUUUGGGCCAUGAGAGGUGUAGAACGUGGUGGAUUAUAUCGAUUAGACUUGGCUAGUAUUUCUAACGGAGUACUACAUUCUUCGGAAAUGAUAGUUCGAGACCCACAUCUAGGAGCCUUUACUGUGGACCAUGCCGACUUUAGAAUAUUAGUAGCACAUCUCAAAAGGAACACUGUCCUGGCAGUAUCUCUAGAUGGACGCGAAGUAACGGACUUUCGAAGCAAUACCAUAACACCAAUGUUUCAAUCAACGAGAUCGAUCGCGUACGCAGGUGGUUUAUUUUACUGGACAAAUGGCAAGGAAAUGCUGACCGAGGAACAUCACGCAAAAAGUGACAGCUAUUUCCACAAUGAGUACCCUCUAGCGUACAAUACAAAAAUUAUCCAGACUACCCAAGUGCUGGUUGCUCUGAGGAGCUGUCAGCCUAUACCGGUUCCAGUAAAUCCACCACUCGGAGUGCAGGCGGUGAUGGGUAUUAAUCGUGCAAAAAUUUCUUGGUCAUCUCCGCAUUUAUUGGGUCACCAGGGAAGCGGCGCGUGGCAGCAAUGGACCUAUCAUUUACAACUGAAAAACAAACGGGACGGAGACAUCAUAGACAUAAAAAAUACUGCUGAAUCGAUUCAUAUUGUGGAGAAUCUGAAGCAAGACGCUGAAUACGUCAUCAGAGUAGCCGCAGUUACAGUCUCUGGUUCAGGACCAUGGUCUUCAGAAUUUAUUGGUAAAACAUUACCCUCUUCACCGAGUACCCUUCACAGCACAUUACUUUGGUCAGGACCAGAUGGAUUAUCACAAGCUGAUUUAUCUGGAGAAAAUAUAGUGACCUUAAUCCAUAGAGAUGACAUAAAGAGUUUCUACAUAACCGCUAUUUCAUGGUAUCGAGACAAACUUUAUUUGGUGACCAAUACUUCUACGGUUAAAUGGUUCAACAUUACGUCACACGAACACGGAAUGAUGGCGAAUAUGGACAAUGUUGGAAGCUUGGCAGUAGACUGGGUUGGCAAGAAAAUAUACUGGUCAAACCCUAAACAACAACUGAUUACGAGGAGCAGCUUCGAUGGCUCUAAUCGAGAGCCAGUACCAAUAGUUACAGUGGCAAAAGAGCUUACAAUAGAUUCCCUUGCCGCUUACAUCUACUGGAAUACUGGACAUGCUGUAGAAGCAGCAAAACUGAACGGAGAAAAUAAAAUGGUUUACUAUCCAGCUCAGUUGUUUAGUGGAAAACAAGUAAUGGGCUUGACUGCUGACUUGGAAAAUAAAUGGCUAUACUGGUUGGUUCGAAGCUAUGAUGGUUCUGAAUUACAUCGAGCCCGAACUGCUGAUACGCUCUCUCACAGCGCUAAUGAGGUAUCUGAGACAUUGGUAUCGCGUCUAGGAAGUACGGCUACGUUAGGUCCGCUAUGUUACUUCAGCGGGCGGCUAGUGUGGGUACAAGAUGCCGCUCGCGCAGUAUUGUCCGACCUUUCAGGGAAAUACACUGCCUCGCUAGUUCCUAGAGUUCGAGUUAUUGCAGUACGAGAUCCAACUCUACAUGCACAUAGUGAAUUGAUCGUAGCAAUCCCAGAAACAAUAAAUUCAUCCUCGAUAACUGUGGAAGGCGCUUCGGACCGUUUCAAUGUAACCUGGGCGCCAGCUCGCCGUGUCAAUCUCAACAAUACCAGAGUUUAUUAUGAUGUCAGUCUACAUUUUUUUGGUCAACACAACAUUGAAAAAACUGUGGAGACGCCAUGGAUCGAGGUGUUGGACAUCGAUGUGGCUCCGUACACCGCAGUAGAGGUUUCAGUGCGAGCUCACACACCCUGGGGGGGUGGCGGCACGGCGCGGACUCAGUUACGGACACCUCAAGCGCCACCGGCCGCGCCCACUGCACCCAGAUUAUACAUUCAACCGAAAAAUAACGGUGGUCGAAAAGUUGCCAUAUUUCGUUGGGAAGUUCCAAAUCGUACCAAUGGCAUCAUACGUGGCUACGAAGUGCAGUGUUGGAGUGAUAAUUCAAGACCGGCACCUUGCGCCAAUGCUCUCUCACCUUCACCUACUCCAACCCGGACGCAGAUUAUUCUCAAAGAUCUGUUGCCGGAGACUACUUACUACUUCCAGGUCCGAGCUUGCACAGACGCUGGCUACGGUCAAUAUUCAGAAGUAGUGUCUGGGACAACUAAUGAAAUUAACCCAGUGCCGAAGGUUAUGAUCUCCUCGCAAGAUGCUAUUAAGAUCGUGGAUCUUGAUUCCAGUGAAAGCGAGAUAAUACCGAAAAGCACAGGGAUUCCGGUUGACUUUGGAAUAUCUAUAGAAGAAAGCUUAGUUUAUUGGGUUAACAAUUUAGAAGAAAUUUUUUCGUCUAGAAUAAAUGGAAGUGGGCAUUACAAGUUAACAUCUAUAAAUGGUUCAGCGACAAGUCUCUGUUUUGACUGGGUCAGUAGAUCGGUUUACUGGACUCAGAUGGAAGUCACUUCGCUAGAAGCAUACGCUACUUAUAGGGCUAGUCUCGGAAUUCCAAAUACACGACCGCAAUUAUCACGAAUUUUUACAAGAAAACAACCGAUGUACGGCUUACAAAUUUUGCCUUUACAGCAGUCUCUAAUGUGGUAUGAGGAAACGGGUCAUCCUGGUUUGGGUACUUUAAUGAUAUCCGAUUUAAUGGUUCUUGAUAUUCAAUCAUUUUUUAAUAAAUCGAAUAACAAAACAAAAAGCGAUUGUAACUGUCCGGAGAAUCCACAAGUUGCGAAGACAUUUGUAAUAGAUAUGACCGAAUACAAUUACGAAGUGUACUGGAUCGAUCCCUGGGUCCAUCGCAUACUAGCAGCCGACAUGAGUGGCUGCAAAUGUAGAUUAGUAGUCGAUGCAACCGAAAAGAAAAAAUAUGGAUUCACUCCGAUGUCCAUAGCGGUAGACAGCAAAUAUAUUUACUGGUUCAACUCGACAGCGAAAGAAAUUUUCUAUACCAACAAAAAUGUCAAGUCCGAAAUUCAUCACGUGAAAACGAGCUAUGGCUAUAAAAUUAUGACUUUAGACCCGGCUAAUCAAAAGUAUCCACCCCGACAAUGUCUGAUGCCAGAAAUAAAAGAAUUUAAGGCAAAGGUUUUGUCUCAUGGAGCAAACUAUAUAAUAUUACAAUUGCCUUCUGCUAACAAACCAAAACUAUGUAAGACUUUAGAAUUUCAAAUGCCACUAACUGAAUACACUGUUUAUUAUAAAAUUUACAAUAUUAGAGAGAACACCGAUUGUGAUAAAGAAUCGUGUUUUUUUACCACCACAACGAACACCGAGGCGAUUCUAAAUGAAUUACAACCCUUUACAAACUAUACUGUCACAGUGGAAGCGACUAAUUACUACGCUAAACUUCAUGAGGUCAAACCUCUUGUUGGAGCGACCUUAGUCUUGCAAACAGCAGCCGAAGCACCCACGGCACCUAAAUCCGUAAAGGGAACGGUUUUGAGUCCAGUGCUGGCCCAACUUGAAUGGAAAACAGAGCCUGGACUGCGAUAUGAAGUACACUGGCGUACUGAUGAUUCAACUCAAUCACACAAAUUAAAAGAACAUAACACUUUCGAAGUUUGGGAAGGCGGAGUGGCCAAUUUGACUCGUCUAUCGGCGGGUACCUGGUACCGUGCGUGGGUGCGGGCGCGGUCUGCCCACAGCGCGGAGACUGCGGCUUCCGCGCCAAUACGUUUGCGUACAUACCCGCAACCCACGCCUCUCACACUCUUCUCCUCGCCCGAACCUUACUCGCUGCGGGUCUUGUGGCAACCACCAACUUCAUAUGUAGUGUAUCGAUUUAAGGUGGAAUAUACGGAAGCUGCACCUGCAAAUGGUAGCUGGAAAGAAUGCGACCGUGACGGUUCCGAUAAAUGGAUUGCGAAGGAGCUGAGACCGCGAACCCGCUAUCGGUUUCGUCUGUGCUUACAGUACAUAGCGAAUGCACCGCCGUAUUUCUGGCCCAUUGACGAUCAAUUCGUUUUCGAAACUUCAGGUGAUGUGCCGAGCGCGCCAGGAGCAAUGCGGGUAGAGAGUGUGGGAGAGCGCGUUGUCCGUGUCUGGUGGGCCGAGCCAGACCCGCGCGGCGCCCCCAUCCUCGACUACAGGGUCUGGGGACGACCCCCUCAUCGUGUACCCAUUAACAGCGACAAUAUUACAAGCAACGUUAGCGAUCUUCUCCCUAAAAAUCUACCUGAUGACGUCGAUGACGAUAUGAAAUUGCGUAUUGUUCGCGAGGGUCUUGAACUGCUUCAUCAAGGAAACGAGACGUACUGGUUGAUUGGUAACGGCGAAGUGGCGGGCGGCUACGUGGCGCGCGUGCAGGCCCGCAACGUGCACGGCUGGGGGCCGCUGUCGGCGCCGCGUGCGCUCCGAGCCCCCGCCCCCCGCGCCGCUCGACCUUCUCCCCUCACCCUCGUGCUCGCCCUCGUCGCUCUGAUCACACUCGCCUUCGCUUUUGCUGCUGCGCUCUUUUAUGGAUACAACAAUCGAAACAAAAAGAAAACAGCCAUAGCGAACCAAAACCAAACAGUGACGCUUAGAAGAGGUCCUGACGUGGAGCUGGCGACAUUAAGACACGAAUUACCUAUCAGACAUUCCACUAACAUACUUUAUAAUCAGGGUGUUCAUUGUCCAACCGACGCCGAACUAGCGAGUCUGCCUCACAUACGACGCGAACAGAUAACACUAUCGAAAUUCUUGGGCUCCGGUGCGUUUGGCGAAGUUUUUGAAGGCGUUGCUAGACAGAUCAAUGGAAGUACUGUCGAUACUAAGGUGGCUGUUAAAACGUUAAGAAAAGGAGCUUCGGAACAAGAAAAGACAGAAUUCCUAAAAGAGGCGGCUCUAAUGUCAAACUUUAAACACGAACAUAUACUACGACUUCUAGGUGUCUGUCUCGACAAUGAUCCAAACUACAUCAUAAUGGAAUUAAUGGAGGGCGGUGACCUUCUCAGCUACUUGAGAGCUAAACGAGAAUUUUUGUCGACGCCGGAUUCUCUGACACUCCUGGAUUUACUGAACAUGUGCGUCGACGUAACAAAAGGCUGUCGUUAUCUAGAAGAGAUGCAUUUUGUUCACCGAGACCUCGCUUGCCGGAAUUGUUUAGUCGCCCACCGCGCUAACGGGAGGGUAGUCAAGAUUGGGGACUUCGGUCUUGCCAGAGAUAUUUACAAAAACGACUAUUAUAGGAAAGAGGGAGAAGGUUUGUUACCGGUUCGAUGGAUGGCAGUUGAAUGCCUCGUGGAUGGAGUUUUUUCGUGUCAAUCUGACGUGUGGGCGUGGGGUGUGCUCUGUUGGGAGAUAUUAUCAUUGGGACAGCAGCCAUAUCCCGCGUGUACGAACCGUGAAGUGCUCGGAUACGUGAGAGCGGGAGGAACACCUGACCGCCCACCGAACUGCAGUCCAGCUUUUUACGAGCUGCUGCAGAAGUGUUGGAGCUACCGACCGGAGCGGCGGCCGUCGUUCCGCGAGUGUCUGAGCACGGUGUCGGCGCUGCGGGACACCACGCCGCCCACCACCGCCCUGCCCGCCCACCACCACUACCUCACCUUACUACCCGACGCAUGCUCAGAGGCCGUCGACAACCGCACCUACCUGCUGGACGAGAAUGACAACGCUUGCUUAGACGAGGAGUGUCCAGAGCAACAACAAAUGGAACCGUCGCGGUUACUGCCCGAGCGCGCUCCCAAGUACCUAGAGCUGGCGUACGAGAGCGACUCCGCGACCGGAGACGGAUACGAGGUUCCUCGCGCAGGGGCGGGGGGUGCGGCGAGGGGAGCGGGAGGGGCGAGGUCAGGCACAAGGAACGCGACCGUGGUGCCGCUGCGGAACGGCAUCGCCAAGCGCGCGUCACUGUGCGCCGACCCGCGCCGACUAGACCUCGACUUCGAUCUCGACAAAUACGUAUUCAAGACUACUUUCUAAGCUGUGAUAUUUUAGACUAAGUCCGCAUACUGUGUACAAUUAUUAUGUAUCGUAGCUCGGUCGUGUUCACGCCAACUUCAAUCGCUAACGUGGAAACAAACUUGGACAAAGAACAAUGUUUUGGUGGAAGAACCUCUUGUGACUCCGCACGCUUAGGUACCACCACUCCGCCUAUUUCUGCCGUGAAGCAGUAAUGCGUUUCGGUUUGAAGGGUGGGGC